GCAAGGAGUGAGUGAUUGACUUUAUCAGUCCAAGGACAUCAUUCGCCUGGAAAGGGGGGGAAGUUUUAUCCUCUUUCUCACGGAUCCCAGUUACGGGAGUUUUCUCCCGUUUACAGAGACCCUGGAUUAUUAUUUCGUUUUCACUUCUAGAUUUCUUUAUUCAAGACUGAGUGAAAUUGUACCGCGUUUAUCACACACUGCACUCCACUAAGCUGGGGUUCCUCGUAUUUUUUUUUUUUCUUUUAAACUUACUUUUCUUGAUUGAGUCCAAUGACUAUGCUUCUCGAUAGCGCUCCUCAGUUCCCGUCACUAGGAGUAGGAGGAUUCGGAACGCCGAGGCACCAUGAGUUGGGAAACCGAGACCCCGGACUGGGACUUAGUCCCUUCGCAGAUUCAUCUCACUCGGCAGCUUUCAAGAUCAGUCCCGUUACUCAUGAUAUCGCCUCCGGUCAGACAUCAGCUUUCACCCCGCAAGCCACUGGAUACGCAGCUGCGCUUGGACACCACCACGGAGGGCAAGUUGGUUCUUACGCUGGUGGACCGUUCAAUUCAACAAGGGACUUUCUCUUCAGAAACAGGGGCGCUGGCAUCGGAGAGACCGCAGCCCCGAGUGCCCAACAUGGGAUCUUUGCCGCCUCUGCUGGGAGUCUACACGGGCCCCCUGGAAUUUCGGACAACCCGGGACAUCUGUUGUUUCCUGGACUUCACGACCAGAGCGUAAGCCACACUUCACCAGGAGGACAUGUUGUAAACAGCCAAAUGCACCUGGGUUUACGCGGGGACAUUUUCGGCCGUCCAGAUCCGUAUCGACCUGUGGCGAGCCCACGUACGGAUCCUUAUGGCACCGCUCAGCUUCAUAAUUAUAACCAUCCCAUCAAUAUGAAUAUGGGAAUGAACGUCCCCACACACCACGGUCCGGGGGCCUUCUUCAGAUACAUGCGGCAGCCUAUUAAGCAAGAAUUGUCUUGUAAGUGGAUAGAUGAAAACCAGAUGAGCAGACCUAAAAAGACUUGUGACAGAACUUUUAGCACAAUGCAUGAAAUGGUAACACAUGUUUCAAUGGAACACGUUGGCGGCCCAGAGCAGAGUACCCAUGUUUGCUUCUGGGAGGAUUGUCCGAGAGAAGGGAAAUCAUUUAAAGCCAAAUACAAACUCGUAAACCACAUCCGAGUGCACACUGGAGAGAAACCGUUCCCUUGUCCGUUUCCCGGUUGUGGAAAAAUUUUCGCAAGAUCAGAAAAUUUGAAAAUUCACAAAAGAACUCAUACAGGUGAGAAGCCGUUUAAAUGCGAGUUCGACGGCUGCGACAGGCGCUUUGCAAACAGCAGCGACAGGAAAAAGCACAUGCACGUGCACACAUCUGACAAGCCAUAUAUCUGCAAAGUGUGCGACAAGUCCUACACACAUCCCAGCUCUCUCAGGAAACACAUGAAGGUACACGAAUCACAGGGCUCAGAGUCGUCUCCGGCUGCAAGCUCUGGAUACGAGUCAUCAACGCCGCCAGUGCUGGUUUCUGCAAACACUGAAGAUCCUACAAAAACACCCACGUCUGGAGUGCAAAAUACGUCUGCACACGGCGAUGGACUACCACCAAAUUUUAAUGAAUGGUACGUUUGAAGCUCCAAGCAGACUCUCCAAUGUGGACCAAAAGGUUGAAGUAACCUUUUAAAAAAACUAUUUACUUCACGGCGUGCAAAAUUGCAUUGCAACAACUGGAAGAGAUGAGAAUUCGCCAACAGGCCUCGUCCAUUCUCAGGAUUCGAAAUUUGACUUUAUUCCGAGUUCGAAGAAAACUAGCAAGGCAUAAAAUAACAAAAUAACACUUUCUAAGAAUAAAUGAUUUUCCUUUAGUUUUCAGAUUUCAGAUGAUUUUAUUUUUCAUUUUAUGUAUUUUCUGAAAAAAAAUAUUUAAAAAUAACGGAUAAAGGAAUAAUAUUUCACGGUGUUUUAUAUUGAGGUGACACUCACAUCACCUUUGAUUGAUUGUUUAAACUUCAGACAGUCUUAAUAAACGUGCCAAAGUCUUUGUCCUGAACUUGAACAAAAAAUAAAUCAGAAAUAAGUAUAUAGCCUACUCGUGAAUGUAUUUCCUUGUUUGAUGGAGUCUAAUCUGUUGUCCAAGUCUUUUUUCAGGUGGAGAAAUGUGGUAUUACGAUUGUUACCUUUGAAUAUAACGUUGCCUUUGUUAAUAACAAUGUAAAUACAUAUCCAUGAUGCCAUAUUUAUCAAUUUGUAAUUUAAUCAUCGGCAAAAGAGCCGAAUCUUAAAUGAUAUUUAUGGAAAUGUUUUCUAACAAGACUGUACAGUUUUGAGAUGAUAACCAGUUUUAAUGAUGAAAAGGGAGUCAGUUCUAAAGUUCCCACGAUACGAUUGUAUCUUUUUUUAACCAAUGUAUGUGUCUUAUUUGGGUCGGAAAGUAUUAAUUAUAUUAAUAUCAUGACAUGAUAUAGGUUCACGUAUACAGAGUACCGAUAUUAAAGAAAAGGAAAAAACAUUGGGAUUAUUUUUUUUAUCAUUUAUGAAUCAGCCAUAUAAGAAGUCAUUGAUAAGAAGGUCUUAUCAAAAUAAGUUCCUUUGUUUUUAUUUCCUCUCUCUUUUUUUUAAUCUUAGCAUCACAGUUUUGACUACAUCUCUAUGAUAAAACACUCAAAAUUCAAAAGUCCACUGACCGGUGCAUUUAUCGACACUUCACAUUAGAUCAUGCAAUAGCAUAACUUUUAUUCUUGAACUUUGAAGUCGUGUGACAGUGUUAAAGACAUUAUAUUUUUGGGUUUAACGUCCAACCAUUUAAAUCAGUAUGGUAUUCCAUUCUUGAUGGUUCGAGACUUGUCUUUGUGGAUACAAGUCUGUGUUUAAUGUGUCAAAGAGGAGCAAUGAUCUGUCACAACAGUAAACUCAAAAUAAAACUUUUUGUCUGUCA